AUGCCUCCGCGCAAGUUAACAAGGCGAAACCCUGCACCUCCACCACCACCUCAUCCCCCGGUUAUUGAUACUGUAGCCCUGAAUGCUGCCGUAGCUGCAGCAGUGGCAACCACCAUGGCUCAGUACCACUCUUCUGAUGCCAGCAGAGGUGGAACCCUGGUGGAAUCAGUUCCUGUUGAAACCCCUGAUCGUUGGCUCUUGUCUCAACAAAAAGGCAUUUCAGAAGAAGAAGAAGAGUCUGAUUUGUCUGAGUGUGAACUUACAAGUGAGGAGUAUGCUAUUAUGGUCACCAAUCCAAAGAAGUUUGCAAGAAGAAAAUUUCCGAUGUUCGCCUUCUUUCUUUCAAAGAGUGAAAAGGUGAAGGAUGAAGCGAAGAUCUCUUCUCAAAAGGAUGAAGACGGGAAGGAGAGCAAACUUACAGGAGACUCUCGAUAUGACUGCAAUUACUGUCACGGAAAGAACCGCUUUGCCAAGGAUUGCAUGCUGAGAAAAGAGAUGGAAAAUGCAGAUGAUGACGUGUUCGGUGGCGUAGAAGUUUGGUCAACCGACUCUGAAGAUGAAGAGGUAAGAAAUCCCACUCAUGGAAAGGAUUAUGUGGCAAAGGAAGAAGGUUCAGCUGGCAAAUGCUUGAUCUUCUUGGCAAGUCCAUCAACCGAAAGUGCAAGUGAGGAACCGAAUAUGACUGAAACAAAUGUUUUCCAGCAAAGCCAAAUGAACCUAGAUACGACAUCUGAAUUUGAUGAAGAAAGCGAGAUGAGUGAAAUCUCGGUAGAAGAUGUUCUUGAUUACUCUGAGUUUGUAAAAAGCGAGACUGAGAAUGAGAAACCCCUCAUUUCAGAAAAUUCGGUUGAAUUUGUUCACAUGUCAAAAGACAAGCCACAAAAACUCAAGGAAAAGGCUAUGGUUUAUCAAAAGUCUGCCCCUAUUGACAACGCAGAUGAAACUGAAGGCUUGUCUGAGCAAACUUCAUGGAGGGUUAAAGGAAGAUACGUCGUUGAACCCAUCAACAAACCCUCAAGCUUCGACAAACCAAGCACAAGUGGAACUAAAGAGAUUCUUGAAGAACCAAAGAAAGAACCGAAAGCUAUAAACAAAAACAACCGAAACUCAAAGAGAGAAGCGAAAGGCCAGCUUCAAUAUACAUAA